CAGAUCGCCUUGUUCUCCACUUCGCUGGCUAUGAUUAUCUUCCCGAUAAUGGAAAUCCAAUCGGUAUUGCAAUUACAAUUAAUAUUAAUAAAUCCAUUAUAACUUUCUAACCAUUCCCUUCGUGUUCUUCGUUGGCUUCCGCCGUUGGCGCUGUCGGGAACUGCGAUGGUCCACAGAAGCAAUGUCGUGGUCGGUGUCCUCAACGUUUUGACAUUGCUCUUGGGUCUUGCCGCAGUCGGUGGCUCGAUUUACAUUAUCAUCCGCGGCGCUCACGCUACCGACUGCCAGAAAGUUCUCCGGAAUCCUUUAUUGAUCGGCGGCCUCUUGUUAGCGCUACUUUCGACGCUUGGAAUCGUGGCCUCGUUUGGCCGCGUCAAUGGGGUUAUGUCAGUCUUCUUGUUUGUGACGUUCCUCCUAAUAUUGGCUCUCAUAUUAUGGACCGUCUUCGCGUUGUUCGGGACACACUCGAAGUUAGGGCAGCGGAUAUGGGAACAGUUUAAGGUCGCUGAUUUCCAGCAUUGGUUGCAGCGUUACGUGAUUGAUGACUAUCAGCAUUGGAAAGAGAUCAAGAGUUGUUUAAUCGAUGCUCAUGUGUGCCGGAACCUCGCCGUUGACGGUGAUCAGGACAACGAAUAUCUGAUUUUCAGGCACUUGUCUGUCACCCAGUCCGGGUGCUGUAAGCCGCCAGUGUACUGUGGAUUCACAAUGGAGAACGUGACCUUCUGGGUAGAGCCCAAGACAGGACCAGUAGAGAGGGAUAGUGAUUGCAAGAGAUGGAGCAAUAGCCAGGACAAGCUGUGUUACGAUUGCAAUUCGUGCAAGGGAGGAGUGUUGGCCGACACAAAGCUGCACUGGCGGCGUCUAACAAUCUUCACCACGAUGGUGAUCAUUUACUUCACCAUCUUGUACAUCUUAAGCUGCUAUGCCGUCUGGAACAAUCGAUCAGAUUCCUGCCCAAAUAAGCACCACACAAACAGCACGUAACCCUUGGUGAUUCAUAGAUACAUGUAUCUUCUUUUUAAAUGAUACCAGUGAAGCAAGGUCAGUCUUGUUGUCCUAAUAUCCAUAGGCUUUGCGUUUCGAGGAGGUACAUAUGGGUCGGCUUUCUACAUUUGCUCACAUUUUGUUCUGAUGAACAAAUUUUGACCUGCAAUUCAUCUGAUCUUUCAUGGAA